AUGAACUACGGAUCUGACCAUCAUGCUUCUUCGUCCUACCGAAAGAUAUUUGGGGAUGCUCCUCGUUUCUCAGCAUCACCCUCUCGAAUGAGUGUUGCCUCGUCGCGCUGCAGUUCUUUCUCAUCUGGCGGACUCAGCAGGUCACUGUCCCUGUCCCGCAACGCAUCAACUUCUGUGGGAUACAACCGAAGGUCUGGACCGUCUUCCUCUUUCUCGCCGGUCCCCAGCGACAGUCUGGACCUUACUCAGACCUACUUUCUUAACAAUGAGUUUAAAGUCACCCGAACCAACGAGAAGGAACAGCUGCAGGGUCUCAACGAUCGCUUUGCCAUGUUUAUUGAAAAAGUACGAAGCCUCGAACAGCAGAACAAAGUUUUAGAAGUCGAGUUGGUAACUCUACGUCAGAGGCAACAAGAGCCCUCCCGCAUAGCCGACAUAUACCAACACGAGAUAUGCGAGCUUCGCUUUCAGUUAGAGGAGAUAAGCAAUGAAAAGUCCCAUAUUCUCAUCGACAAGGAUAACAUUGAGGAAGAGUUCCAGAAGCUUCGCGCCAAAUUUGAGGAGGAGGUAAGAGUACGAGAGGAGGCCGAACAAACCCUGAGGUCCUUCAAAAGGGACGUGGACGACGCUACUUUAGCUCGACUAGACCUGGAGCGGAAGGUUGAGUCCCUUCUAAACGAAAUAGCUUUUCUGAGAAAGGCUCACGACGAAGAAGUGUCCGAGCUGACCUGUAUAAUGCAAGCAGCCAAUGUGUCUGUGGAAAUAGAGUUGGCCAAACCCGACCUGACCUCGGCCCUGAAAGAGAUCCGCAAUCAGUACGAAGUUCUCGCGUCCAAAAACCAGCAAUCGGCGGAGGAGUGGUACAAAACCAAAUUUGCCAAUCUCAAUGAACAAGCCACAAGGAGCAACGAAGCUAUUCGCGCCAGCAGAGAAGAGACCAACGAGUUCAGAAGACAACUGCAGUCCAAGAGCAUUGAGAUGGAGACACUUAAAGGCACAAACGAGUCUUUAGAACGACGCAUAAGAGAACUUGAGGAUGAAAGCAAUUUGGAAAUUGCAGGCAUGCAGGAUACUAUAAACCAACUGGAUAGCGAACUACGCAACAUGAAGAUCCAAAUGACUCAGCACCUCAGAGAAUACCAGGAUCUGCUCAGUGUCAAAAUGGCUCUUGACAUCGAGAUAGCUGCCUACAGAAAACUAUUGGAGGUGGAGGAGACACAUUUCAGCACAGGGACGUCCUUCACUGUUUCCAACCAUGGGACCAGUCACUAUGGUUACCAGGCACGUAUGUCCAGCUCCUCCCACAGUAAGACAGAAACCUCCCAGAAGGAGACUUUCAAGGAGAUCACUGAGGAGAAAGUGGAGAAGCACGAUGAGGCUGAUAUCAACUCUAAUGGGUAGAGCCUUAGUGAUUAAGACAAGAGACUCUUAGAUGCAGAGCAAAUGUAAGUCUUCAUACAUCUCUGAAAAGUUUAUCUCGUUGUAUCAAACCGUCCAUUUACAGAUACAUAGUGUCUCAUUUGUGUUAUUAUUGAUACAGUAUGUUGGGAAAUAUUUAAACUGUAGACCAUAAUGGAGUGAGUAAGAUACUAAAAAAGUGUUUAAAAGAAAUGUCUUUUAACAAUUAAAAAAUGUAUUUAUUUUUGUGAAUUAGUAUGAAAUGUUUAUUCAAUUUAUUUUAGUCAUGACUAGAGCCCCUCUAUUAGAAUAAUAAAUGAUGUACAUAAUCUCUGCAACAACUUUUCUGUACUCGAUUUCAUAGUGAGACACAAUGACAGUUGUAUCAAAUGCAAAAAAACAGACAGAAAACAUUCUUCAUUUUCAUCCAGCUCACACACUGCUCCAGUAUUGUACUUCCACAAAUGAAAAGCCUGAAUUGCAAUAACUAACCAGGGACAUAAAAUGUUGUACAUUGAUCAAGCACCUUUUAAAAUGUUCAUCUUACAAGUUUUAAAUACACUUCUAAGUCAGUGAUUCUUGAAAUAAAGGAAAUGCAUCGGAGAUAACAUCUCCUGCUUCAGGUCAGCCCUGGCUCAGUCACUAAGAAGAUGAUUCUGUGCGCUGGUCAGUCUUGGCACAUUUACAUACACACAGCCAACUCUUUCCUCAACUAAACCUUACUAAAUCCUAUGUAUAACCA